GUUUGGCCACUUUCAAUCACGUCCCCCUCCUUCCUCUUCGUAACAAGGACGCGUCUGAAAAUACAAAUCCAUGUUCAUCUUUCAUCCCACGCGCAUCUAACCAGCGUGAACCCGGCCAUGGUAACAGACACUCCAACAUGUCGAGAUUUUGUACUCCUUCCUCUAAGCCGUGGCAAUGGACAGGUUCAUAACGAGGGGGAAGAGGAAAGCCGAGUUGACGCUGGAGGAAAACGUGGACACCACGCAAAUAAAGCAGACUAUCACCGCCUUCAAUAAUCCCAUUGACAACACUCCGGAUGGCGAUGGAGAAUCAACCGAUAUCAAACUGGCCAUACUUGCUUCAUUGCAUCCAGACUUCGGUCAUGAUGCGUUACUGGAUCUUCUAAUCACCCACGAUGGAUCCGUGGAAGCCACCACGGAGGCUUUGAAAAGUGCCCAGGGCGCAGGGCAGAUAGCCAAGAAGAAGUCGUCAGGUAUUAUUUCACAGGCUUCUUUACGCUCUUUCGCCGUUCCAUCUACCACCGGCGAUGGCGACCAUGGCGGUGCUAGUAUUAUCCCCAAGAAACCCAAGCUCCUUUCCCGGAAAGGCGCAACACUCCAUCUCUACGACCCCUCCGACAUCAGCACCCACACCCCUUGCACCGUCAUCCACAACUUCCUCCCCCCUUCGGUCGCCAACAGCCUCUUGGUAGAACUCUUGGAAGAAGCCAAGACCUUCGGCAAAGCCACGUUCAAGCUCUUCGAUAACGUAGUCUCUAGCCCCCACACAUCCUGCUUCUUUGUCGGGAGCGAUUACGAGCUGGCCGAGCAAAAAUCGGCCUACUUCUACAACGGCGCGCGCCUCUCCGAUAUCCGCCGCCUGACACCUCAGCUGGAAACAGUGCGGCCGUUGGUGCAGGACGCCGUUAAUACCGAGAUCCAGAAGCGCAUCCGGACUCAUCACCUGUACGGCGGUAAAAAACUCAAGUACCAGUCCCCCGACCGUUGGUCGCCCAAUGCGGCGUUUGUGAAUUUGUACGAUGGCCCGGAACAGAAUGUCGGCUGGCACAGCGACCAGUUGACUUAUCUUGGUCCGCGAGCCGUCAUCGGGUCUCUUUCGCUUGGCGUGGCAAGGGAGUUUCGGGUGCGGAGGAUCUUGCCCAAGGAUAAGGACCAAGACGGUAACUCCUCCAGUACCACGUCCAACGCCAACCUCGACUCCCUGAAUGAAGGUCAAAUCUCCAUCCACCUCCCGCACAACUCCCUCCUCGUCAUGCACGCCGACAUGCAAGAGGAGUGGAAGCACUGCGUGACGCCAGCGCAGGCCAUCGAUCCACACCCGAUUGCGGGCAAGCGACGCAUCAACGUCACGUACCGUGAUUAUCGGCCCGAGUUUCACCCGCGGUACACACCGCGGUGCGCUUGCGGAAUCCCUACGAUUCUGCGGGUGGUGCAGAAGAAGAGGGAGAAUUGGGGCAGGUAUUUCUGGAUGUGUCACGCCGGGAAUCAGCCGGGCAAAGAGGCCUGCUCAUUCUUCCAGUGGGCAGAGUUUGAUGAUGACGGGAGGCCGUUGUGGAAAAAGGGCACGGGCACUAGAACCGCCGGGCUAGAACCUGAUACACGAGAGUCCGCUCAAGCACCGCAGAGCCCGGAUAUGGAGCAGCAGUCAUCAACAGCGAGUCCUGAACAUGCACCCUCAGUGAGAACAAUACAACCGAUGGCAAAAUAGCUAUGGCCGUCGGAUCCAUAAGAGGGCAUGGUUUUAUUUAUAGACAGUUGGAAUGAAUUCACUUUUUACCAUGACUCCGUGUCUCGAGGAUCUUGGUCGCUAUGGCCACCAUCAUAUCCUCCUCCCCACCCGCAUCUUGUUGUUGCGCUCAUUCCUUGUCCGGCUCUGCUCCGUCCAGUGUCAAGAAGACCAAACUCCAUGGCGUCAAAGUCAGCAGGGCUUGCUAUGCGUGUGGUCAUAGAUGAAGUUCGGCUUAGGCUUGUUGUUCUAGACAUCCCUUCUGGAGAGGAAGAAGCGCCAGAAAUCGAGAGCCGUGGAGGAGGGGGCGAUGGCUGUUUUGCACUCACUCUCCGCCUGUACUGUCGAGAAGUUGCUGCUGUUGCAACUACCGAUGAUGAUCCAAGAGAUGAAGAGUAUGAAUGUCGUGACGGCCUUACGCGAGUCCG